CGCAGCGAACGUGUCGACACGCUCCCCAUUCCUUUAUCAUCAUCUCCUGUGGACAUCUACUGUCUUAUAUCCCCUCCUCUGGUCAUUUAACUCACGCCUCCUCGUUCACCAAGAAGUAAAUAAAGCCGCCGUGUAAUUUUUAAUUCCACGGUAGUUGAGAGGGUCCAGGAAAAACGUUAAACAGGAGAACAUCAUUUAGUUGGUUCUGUAAAUUACACCUGUUAUCAAGAGAUGCCGUGGCUUUCCCACGUCAUUCUCGCGGUUGCAGCAUUGUUGCUUGAUCCUGUUUGGGUGACCGCAAGACAUCACCGCUCUGGGAAUUCUCACAAACCUGAUGGUGAUAUUUCACUAUGGAUAGAUCGUCAACAAAUCAAAAUGUUUAGUGGUCUAGAGAUGGAGAUUUAUGCAAUCACUGAAGGAAGAGUCUUGUCUUAUCUUCUCGAUCCAGAAUUGGAGAGUAAAUUGCCAAUCAUACCAAGUGAAGUAUCGCAUGUCAAUUUUACCUGGAAAUCUGGGGUGAAAAAAUAUUAUUACAACUUUUAUCGAUUAACAUCUCUCAAUGAAUCGAUUCUCAAGACCCCGUCAAUUACGAUCAAAACGCGAGGCAGAGUACCAAAAAGGCCUAAAGAGUUUAGCGUUUUGCUGCCUUGUUCUGGUAACAGUUCGGGGGUAGCACAAUUUGGCAUUGGCUUGAUGAUUGAAACACGCAAGGGGAAACCUUUAAACGGGACUCCCCUUCGACUUAACUUAAGAAAAGAAUGCGCCGUGCGCGGUGAGUGCGUCAGUCGCGCCCAAGAUCACCACUUCUCCACUCACACAUACAAGUCAAAUCCAGGACCAUGUCCUGAUGGCUAUCUAGGUCCACCGCACUGUAAAAAAGCUCUUUGCUAUCCGAAUUGCAUGAACGGCGGUAAUUGUACUGCUCCAGGAGUCUGUUCUUGUCCACCAGGGUUUCAAGGACCUUACUGUGAAGGUGGAAUAUGUACAGAAAAAUGUUUGAAUGGUGGUAAAUGUAUACAAAAAGAUACUUGUGAGUGCCCCAAAGGAUAUUUUGGACUUCAUUGUGAAUUUUCAAAAUGUGUGAUUCCUUGCUUAAACGGUGGGAAAUGUAAAGGAAAUAAUAUAUGCAGAUGCCCGAAUGGCUUCAAAGGUGAUCAUUGUGAAAUUGGACGAAGAUCUCCGCAAAGGUCAGCAUGUACUAGAGCAUGCAGAAAUGGAACUUGUCAAGCAGAUAAUACAUGUCUAUGUGACUCUGGAUGGUUUGGUAAAUUGUGUAAUAAAAAUAAGCCUUGGGCUUAGCAUUUUUAAUAAAUUAAGACGUCAUAAUGAACGAGAAAGACUCCAGUAUUUUGUACCAUCGUUUUUUUUACGAGUACAAGUAAUACAGAAAUUGAUUAUUGAUGUAUCUAAUUUUUAAUUGUUAAAUUGUUGCGAGAGCAAACACACUUUUUGUGAUGUUAUCCUAAUUCAGAUGUGAUAUGUAAAGCUGUUUUACACAAUUUAACUAAUAUUAAGAUAAAAUUAUUAUUCUUUUAUAUUGUUGAAUGGAUAGUUGUAUAAUAAUAGUAGUAAAAAUAUU